AUGAAUAACGCCUCUUCUUCAUCACCCAACCCCAUGGCCCCCAAAGUAGGUCCCAGAGGUCAGAGCCCCAGCACCCCCCUCUGGAUGCUGCUGUGGCCCCUGCUCUGUGCACUGGUCCUGGCUGAGGGCACUUCACUCGGCACAGAGGACCCGCUGGGCACCGGUGCCAUGUCUCUGCCGGAGGACUGGACCGGCACAACUGUGCAGCUGCAGCCGGACCUGCAGACUGAAGCCGAGACGCAGGCAGGAGCACAGACGGAGGCUGUGACAGAGGCUGUGACAGAGGCUGUGACAGAGAUGCAGACUCAGAGCAUCACCAGCAAUUACACAGGUCUGUCCUGUAUCCCCGUCAUGCCUCCGCGUCGGGGCUCCUUCUACGUGGAGAGUGGCACAGGCGUGUCUGUCGGCAGCGUGCUGGCCUUCUGGUGCAGAGAGGGAUACCAGCUGGUCGGCAGCGACAAGAUCUACUGCAACGUCAGGAAAGGAAAACCCCAGUGGAGCAACUACCUGCCUGUCUGCGAAGCGAUUCCCAGGCCAGAGGACCGAGGUCUGAGAGUGGCCGUGUUGGCGUCAGUUGUGAGCGGCAUCGUCAUCCUCGCCAUGUCCCUGUCCUUCCUCAUCUGCUGUCUGCAAGAGCGCACGGGCCGGGACCGAGCCAAGAAGGAGGGCCGGAGCAGGCGCAGAGAGAAGAACUCGUCCCGCCGCAGCGAGUGUUGGCUGGAGAGAGAGGAGGGUGAGUGGGAGGCCUUCCCUCCUCCCAAGAUCUUCCACCUGUCUCAGAGGGUGAACCCCCGCCUGGCUCCAGACAGCCCCCUGUACCUAACCGGAAGCCUUGGUGGAUACGAGAACAGAGGAUACCAGAGGAGUCAGGAGAGUUUGCUGAAGGCUUCCCUGCCCGGACUUUACCGCUCCGAGUCCCAGCUGUACCCGCACGUGGUCCUGCAGAGGGUCCCCACUCCGACGGCACCCACCGCCCCGUCUGCGCCGUCCGCCCCUCUCUACCUCCAAUUCGCCACCUCGGCCGCCUCCUCACCAGCCCACACAGGCCCCAGCAGCCAGCCUCACCUCAUGGCGCAGUACCCGACCCCAACGUACCCACCGAACCCCAACACAGCUGUGCCUCCCUACCCCCACCCAGCACCAGCGCCCAUCUACCCCCACCCCAACCCGGUACCACAGCGGCGAUGGCAGUAG